AUGUCCGGCGCUGCCCCCGCACCUGCUGCUACUGCUGACAGUACUGCUCGCUCACUGUGGCAGACUCAUGACGCCCAUGCUCGCCUAGCCGUUCGCAGCCACCUGCCGUUAGAUGAGCGCGAGCACUUCGGCCAGCAUAAGACCGCUAAGGAGCUGUACGACGCUGUAGUUGCACGCUACUCCUCCCCUGCUACUGCUGCGAUAGGCCGUCUCUCACUGCCCUAUCUCUUCCUGGAUCUGGACCAGUUUCUCGCUCUCUCCCCCACUGACCUCACUGUCGACCUCCUCGAGAAGGAACUCCUAGCAGCUGAGAAGAGCAUUGUAGCUGUGCUGAGGGGGUUGGAACUGCGUACGCUCCCAGUGGGCGGUGCAAGGGCGGCAGGGGCAAGGGGGGACGGGGUGGCGGAGGUGGCGGUGGGGGAGGUAGUGGUGGAGGAGGUGGAGGGGGCGGCAGCGGUGGCGGCGGUGGUGGGAGUGGUGCUGGUGGUGGGGGGGGGGGGGGGGGAGCCGGGGGUGGUGGAGGCAGCGGUGGUGGAGGUGGCGGGGGUGGUGGUGACGGUGGUGGCGGCGGUGGAGCUGGUGGAAGGCGCGGUGGAACGGUGCAGCGUGGCGGGCUCGGCGGCGGCUAGAGGCAGCAGCCGCAGUGUCCCAGCGACACCCCGUCGCCCCAGCAGCUCCGUGAGUGGUACUCUCAGCGUGGGGGGUCUGGGGGUGGAGGUACCUGCACGUACGUUAUUCGCACAGUUUCCUGACGCCUCUGAGCUGCCCCGCUGGGCUGAUCUGCUUAAGAAGGGGAUUGAUAUCUUUGCUCUUGAUUAUGAUGCUAUUCUUGCUGCUAUGUAUGCAUUGACUAUUAGUGUUGAGGGUGACUGUUACCUGAGUGUACCGCCCGACCCGGGUAUUGGGACCAGUGAGGCUGCAGCUCUAGGUGCUAGUGCGUCUGCUGCUCUAGGUCCUGGUAAGGCUGCUGCGCUAGGUGCUCGUGCGUCUGCGUCUGCUGGUACCGCGCCUACUGAGGCACUGCACACCUUCACACUGGACUCAAGUGCUUCCCGCUGUUUCUUUCGCGACCGCACUGCCCUCGAGCAGCUUCCUAGACCGGUUGCUGUCUCCCUGGCUGACCCCUCAGGGGGUCCGGUCCUUGCGACCUCCACCACUGCCCUCCCUUGUCCUGCUGUCCCGUCCGGCACGCUGUCGGGCCUCUACCUCCCCUCGUUCUCUACGAACUUGGUGGCGGGUUCCGCGCUCCAGGACGCGGGUGUUCACCAGUUCACCCCUGCCUACGAGCGUGUGACACACUGCACGUGUGCCCAGACGGGUCGUCACCUGGCUACCUUCACUCGGCAGCCGGUGUACAUACUGACCACUGAGUCCCCUCAGGUAGCUGCGUCUGCGUCUGCGUCAGGUCAGCUGUCGGUCCCCUGUUCGUGUCGCUCCCUGUUGCACAGGUUUGUCCUCUGGCACCACCGCCUUGGUCACCCGUCAGUGCAGCGCCUUCGCGGCAUGCACUCCAGGUACCUUGUUUCUGGUCUUCCCAGGGUUCUCCCUCCCCUACCGCCCUCACCUGCUCCUCCCUGUCUUCCCUGUGUCGAGGGGCGGCAGCGCGCCGCUCCUCACUCUUCCUCGUUCCCUCCCACAGAGGCUCCUCUGCAAACUCUCCACCUGGACGUGUGGGGCCCCGCCCGCGUCCGGGGACAGGGCCACGAGCGGUACUUUCUGCUGGUCGUCGACGACUACACGCGCUACACCACGGUCUUCCCCUUGCGUACCAAGGGUGAGGUCCCUGAUGUCUUGAUCCCCUGGAUCCGCGCUGCUCGUCUCCAGCUCCGCGACCGGUUCCAGUCGGACUUUCCUGUCCUACGUCUGCACUCUGACAGAGGUGGCGAGUUUUCCUCUGACCUCUUGGCAGCCUACUGUGCGGAACACGGUAUCCGCCAGACGUUCACUCUCCCGGCCUCUCCGCAGCAGAAUGGGGUUGCUGAGCGCCGCAUUGGUCUCGUCAUGGAGGUCGCUCGUACCUCCAUGAUCCAUGCGGCUGCCCCCCAUUUCCUGUGGCCGUUUGCGGUCCGGUACGCCACGCAUCAGCUCAACCUCUGGCCCCGUGUCUCUGUUCCGGAGACCUCGCCUACCCUGCGUUGGACGGGGGAGGUUGGCGAUGCGUCGGUGUUCCGAGUCUGGGGAUGUCGAGCCUUUGUCCGCGAUACGUCCGCGGACAAGCUCUCCUCCCGUGCCGUUCCCUGUGUCUUCCUUGGCUUUGUCCCUGACGCGCAUGGCUGGCAGUUUUACCACCCCACCUCGCGCCGUGUCUUCCCCUCUCAGGACGUCACCUUUGACGAGUCGGUUCCCUUUUACUGUCUCUUCCCCUACCGCACUGCCCCGCUCCCCCCCCCCCGCCGCUCUUCCUCACCCCAGGUAGACCCGGUCGAGCCUGUCGAGGUAGCUGUUGACUCUGGUCCUGCGCGAGGUGCUGAGCGUGCUGAGCCUGGGGGUGCGGAGUCUGGGGGUACUGAGCCUGGGGGUGCUGAGCCUGGGGGUGCGGAGCCUGGGGGUGCUGAGCCUGGGGGUGCUGCGACUGGGGGUGCUGAGCCUCGAGGAGCUGAGGCUGGGGGUUCUGAGACUGGCCGUACUGCGCCUGUUGGCGCUCCCUCUUCACAGCAGCUGCGUGAGUGGUACGCUCGGCGCUGCAGCCUCCGGAGUGGAGCUCCUGGUGUUGAGGUACCGCCAGCUGGAGGCCCUGCUGCUACUGGAGGUCCUGGAGCUGCUGGAGGUGCUGCUGGAGGUGCUGGAGCUGCUGGAGGUGCUGCUGGUGCUGCUGGAGGUCCUGGAGCUGCUGGAGGUGCUGCUGGUGCUGCUGGAGGUACUGGAGCUGCUGGAGGUGCUGCUGGUGCUGCUGGAGGCUCUGGAGCUGCUGGAGGUGCUGCUGGUGCUGGUUCGGCAGGAGGUUCUGGUGCUGUCUCUGCUGCUUCUGGGGGCACUUCACGGCCGCGGCCGUACUUCGUUCCGCUCCUUCAGCAGGUUCUUGGUCAGUCGCCUCCUCCUAGUCCUCCUCCCUCCUUAGCGUGUCCUCCGCCUGUCCAGUCGCAGUCACAGCUACCGCCUGCCUCGCCAUUUCUUGGUCCUUCUCCCUACACUGGUCCGACAGGCGGUCUUACAGAGCGUCGUGAGCCUGAGUCUCGUCCUGUGUCGCCUGUGUCUCGUCCAGUGUCACCUGUUCGUGCUGCUCGCACUGGUCGCCGUGUUCCGCGUGAGCGUCCUCCACCUGUCCCUGGCACACACUAUAUGACUCUGCGUCCGUCCACUACUCCACAGCGUGUCCCUCUGCCGUCUCCUCCUGCGUCCUCUCUUCCUGUUCUUGCUGACCCAGAGUCUGACUCUCUUCGUGCUGCCAGUCCUACUGUCACGCGUCUCCUGGCCACUGUUGUCACUGACCCUUCCUUUGAGUCUGCUGCUGCGUCUGCCCUAGUUGCUGAGCUUGUCGACUUUGCUGCUCGCUGUCGUCUAGACUACGCCGCGAGUCUUGUUGAUGAGUCGACCGCUGCGCCUCAUCUCGUGUCCAUGCUGCUUGCCCCUGAGGGAGACCCGGAUGCUCCAGACAUCCCUACCCCGCGCUCUUACGCUGAGGCGAUCGCGGGUCCCUACUCCUCUCAGUGGCUGACAGCCAUGGACGCAGAGAUGGCAUCGUGGAAGUCCACUAGCACUUACGUCAACGAGGUUCCCCCUCCUGGGGCGAACAUCGUCAGUGGCAUGUGGAUUUUCAGGGUGAAGCGGCCGCCAGGUUCUCCGCCUGUCUUCAAGGCUCGUUACGUUGCUCGAGGCUUCAGUCAGCGAGAGGGAGUAGACUUCUUUCAGACCUUCUCCCCCACCCCGAAGAUGACCACUCUUUGGGUGCUACUGCACGUUGCUGCUCAGCGUGGCUACGAGCUUCACUCUCUUGACUUCAGCACAGCUGAGGACUACCCUUGCGGCUCUUGGGUUUGCGCCUUCGACUGCUGA